AUGAAUAGUUAUUCUGGAAGUGCUUCUGAAGAAUUUAUCGGAAUAGAUUAUCAGAAAAAGAAGAUUUUGGAGCUGAUUAAGCAAAAUCGAGUAAUAGGACUCUGGGGCAUGGGUGGUAUUGGCAAAACCACCCUUGCUGAUGUUGUUUAUAUGGAAGUCUCUAACACGUUUGAAAGUUGUUACUUUCUUCAAAAUGUUAGAGGGAAAAUAGAAAAACAAGGGAGGGAAUCCGUGCGAAACGAAUUUCUUUCCAUGCUUUUAAAGGACAAAGAAAUUCGUAUAGACACCCCUUCCAUAGGGUACCCUUACAGGGAGAGGCUGAACAAUUUACGAGUAAUUGUUGUCCUCGAUGACGUUAAUGACCCAGAACAAGUAGACUGGAUGGGUGUUAAACAUUUUGGUGAUGGAAGUAAAAUCAUUCUAACGUCUAGAGAUAGACAAGUGUUGAAGAAUGGAGGAGCCACCCAAAUACAUAAGGUGGAAGAGUUAAAUGAGAAGUAUUCUCUUCAACUUUGUUCUAUUACUGCAUUUAAGCAGUUGAAUCCUUCUGUUGAUUUUCUAUAUCUAUCCUACGAGUUUGUACGGUUAGCCCAUGGCAGUCCACUUUCUCUUAAGAUUUUGGGUGCUAAGUUAUAUUCAAAGUGUAUAGAAGAGUGGAAAAGUGAGGUGGAAAAAGUAAACAAGUUUGAUGAACCCAAAAUUUCACAAAUUUUGAAGAGUAGCUUUGAUGGGUUGGAUAAACUACAGAAGGAUAUAUUUCUCGACUUAGUAUGCUUCUUUAAAGGGGAAUCAAAAGAAGAAGUAGAAAAAAUUCUAAGUUGCUUGUAUAAAGGUGCUGUGAGUGGACUAAGCAGCUUGCUCGACAAGUGCCUAUUUGACAUCAAUUCUCGUGGGCGGAUUUCUAUGCAUGAUAUGCUUGAAGAAAUGGGUAAAGAUAUUGUUGAUCAAGAAUCUGAAUACCCUGAAAAGCGUAAAAGGCUGUGGAAUCCUAAGCACGUGUAUCAAGUGCUCAACAAUAAUAAAGGAACUGACCGAAUUGAAGGAAUAAAGUUCUACAUGUCUCAUAGAUAUAACCUAAAGUUACGUCCUACAUGUUUUGAGAGCAUGCCUAAUCUUAGAUAUAUCAAAUUUGAUGUCUUUGAGAGAUCACUUACAAAUGGAGAUAUUGAUAUUGCAUAUCUUCCAAAUGAGUUAAAGUGUCUUCAGUGGGACUGUUACCCCUUCAAAUCUUUAUCACUAAAUUUUAAUCCAAAGAAUCUUGUAGUGUUGAAUUUACAAGCGGGCAAUAUGGAACAACUCUGGAAUGAAGAUUUUCAGGAUCUUGUUAAUUUAAGGGAAAUCGACGUUUCUAGUUGCUAUAAUUUAAGGAAGAUCCCUAAUCUAUUAGGAGCCAUCAACCUCGAAAUCCUUAACUGUCAGUGA